AUGUCAGACACUCGUCCUCCACCUUUACAACGUACACCCUCUUACAAUUCAGCAGAGAAUGGUACCCCUUCCACACGUUCACGUAGUCCAUCACCUAUAGACCCCGACCAAUCAUUUGGUGAACCAAACGAUCAGGGAGGAAGACGUAGAAGCGCAAGUAUACCUUCUGUUUCUCAUCCCGAAUUGGAUUCUCCGACAAAAAGGAAGAAAGGAGGAGGGUUUAGUUUGGAAAAUGUUGGAAGAGCUAUAGGAUCUAGGUUUAUGAGGACUGUUAGGAGAGGGAAUUUACCUUUUUUAGUCGUUUUUCUCACAUGCCUCGUCGUCUUCUUUUCAGCAUUAGCAGGUGUAGGUUAUGUCGACGAAACGGCUAUAACAAACGGAUCAGUCGAAUUCGUUCCUGGUUCUCCUGUACAUGAUUCUUCGGUUGAUCGACUCCGACCUGAUUUAGAGAGAAAAAUGGAAGAACAGAGAGAAUUGGAAAGACAAUGGCAGAGAAAGAAACGUCCAAAGGAUGGCGCUUGGAUGCAAAAACAACGUGAUGAUAAAGCUAUCCGGCGGAUCCCUCCUAGACCAAUAACGACUUCUUCCGUCUCUCAAGUGACAAUGACAAUGGAAGAUGAUGAUGGUGAAAUUGAGAUUCUCAAGAGAGAUCUCAAGAGUUUAGAAUGA